AUGUCUUUGUCGGCCGGCCAGCUCUUCGCCAUCUCGGCUACGGAACGGACGUGCUCCACGGUCUCGCUGUUCGCGACCAGCAUUAUAAUCGUUUCGUUUGUCUCAUCUCAGUCGUUCCGCAAGCCCAUAAAUCGCUUGGUGUUCUAUGCCUCGUUUGGCAAUAUCAUGGCCAAUGUGGCUACCCUCAUCUCGCAGUCUGGUAUCUGGGCGGGCACGGAUAGCAAUUUAUGCCAAAUUCAGGCUUUCUUGAUACAAUGGUUCAUGCCUGCAGACGCUUUAUGGACCUUCGCCAUGGCCUUCAACGUCUAUCUCACAUUCUUCCGAAAAUACAAUUCCGAUCAACUGCGCCGCCUGGAAUGGAAGUACGUCAUGCUAUGCUACGGCCUGCCGUUUAUCCCCGCAUUUACAUACUUCUUCAUAAGAACCGAGUCUCGAGGCAAGGUGUACGGUUCGGCUAUACUUUGGUGCUGGGUCGCGCCGUCAUGGGACUUUCUCCGCAUUGCAGUCUUCUACGGCCCGGUAUGGUUUGUGAUCUUCGUGACGCUGGCUAUCUACGCGCGAAUAGGCGAACUCGUUUGGCGAAGAAGGCGACAGCUCAAGGAAGUUGGUGGUCUUGAUACAACACUUGACGUGUCAAUUCCCGAUGACCCGCCCUUUUCCAAAGUCACCGAGAUUCGAAUAGAAAGGGAAGAUGCUGCUUCCUACCGUCCAGAGGCCGGUCCUUCUACUGAGCAGGAUCCUCCUUUUUCAUGUGCACAGUCAAUACCUCGCCCGUACUCCGUCAAUGUCCAGGCCGGAUCUAGUCAGCUGGAAUUGGGCGCGAUACGCAGCGAAGAACCUUUUGACGGCCCUCCAACCCGUGAAUAUCGCAGUUCGAGUACAGCGUUGGAGGUAAACACUGCGGCUUGGGCAUAUACCAAAUAUGCGAUGCUAUUUUUCGUGGCCCUGCUCGUUACCUGGGUCCCAUCAACAAUCAACCGUGUUUAUGCGUUCAUUCGCCCCGACGCAUCGAAUUUUGGCUUAAACUAUGCAUCGAGCUUUGUCCUCCCGCUGCAGGGAUUUUGGAAUAGCCUGAUAUAUAUUUCUAUAUCAUGGCGGUGCUUUAAGCCGGCUCUUUCUGACCUACAUAAUCGCCUGUUAUGGUAUACACACCUCGGUGCAGGUCACCGGCGGCCGUCGAGUGGGCAGGACAGCACUCGCCGGUUAACGAACUAG